AUGGCUAUCCCUACACCCUCAUCUGUGCGUCAGAACUACCACCCUGACUGCGAAGCUGCCAUCAACGACCAGAUCAAUCUAGAGUUCCAUGCCUCUUACGUGUACCUGUCCAUGGCCUUCUAUUUCGAUCGUGACGAUGUUGCCUUGAGGUAUUUCAGUCAGUAUUUCCUUCAGCAGUCGAACAAGGAGAGCGAGAAUGCGGAAAAACUUAUGUGGGUGCAGAACCAGCGCGGGGGCCUUAUCCGCCUAUUCAACAUAAGAAGGCCUGAGCAUGAGAACUGGGAGAGUGGCCUGAGGGCUAUGGAAUACGCAUUGCACCUGACGAAGCAAAUGAAUGAGAACCUGCUCAAUCUGUACCACCUGGGCACUGAGAAGAAGGAUGCUCAUGUGUGUAACUUUCUGAAGCGUCACUACCUGCAUGAGAAGGUGCAGUUCAUCAAAGAGUUAGGGGACCAUAUCACCAAUCUGCGAAAAAUGGGAGCCCCGGAAUUUCGUCUGGCAGAGCACAUCUUUGAUAAGCUCACCCUGGGUGGCAACAAGAACUGA